AUGCCGCGCUCCUUCCUGGUGAAAACGCACUCCAGCCACAGGGUCCCCAACUACGGGGAGCUGGAGACACAGAGAGACAUCAAUGGCUCCUGUUCUGCCUGUGGGGGGCUGAUGGUGCCCCUCCUUCUCCCAGACAGGGCAGCCCCUCCCAUUUCUGCUGAUCCUGCCCAGCCCUGGGACCACACCUCUGUCGUCACCUGCAUCUCCCUGCCCCUCCCAGAAGCUCGGGGGACCUCUGAGCCAGAUCCCUUGGAAGUCAGCCUGAUGGACCCUUGUGCUGGCCGGGCUCCCAGCGUACCCCUCAAAGACAGCCUGAACCACCUCAAUCUGCCCCCACUGCUGGUUCUGCCCACACGAUGGCCCCCAAUUCUAGGCCUAGGCGGGGACCAGCCUCCAGACAGACUGCUGGGGGCUGAGCAGGCCCCCUGUUCCCCAGGGGGCUUCCAGUGCAUCCACUGCCACAAGCUCUACCACACACUAGCUGGGUUGGCCAGGCACCGGCAGCUGCACUGCCACCUGCAGGCUCAGCGCUGCUUCACCUGCAAGUAUUGUGACAAGGAGUACUCCAGCCUGGGGGCCCUCAAAAUGCACAUCCGCACGCAUACACUGCCUUGCAUUUGCGCCAUCUGUGGCAAGGCCUUCUCCAGACCCUGGCUGCUCCAGGGCCACAUCCGGACCCACACAGGUGAGAAGCCUUACGCCUGCUCUCACUGCAGCAGGGCCUUUGCCGACCGCUCAAAUCUCCGGGCCCACCUGCAGACACACUCGGACACCAAGAAAUACCAGUGCAAGAGCUGCGCCAAGACCUUCUCCCGCAUGUCGCUCUUGGUGAGGCACGAGGAGUCUGGCUGCUGCCCCGGUCCCUGA